AGAGUCAACACAAUUUCCCCCCUCAGGCAGGCUCCCAGUGCUUUUGGUUUUUGUGUCAAACUAACCUUCAUGCAGUCGGACUAAAUAUGCAGCCAAAAUAAUAAAAGAGCUCCGAAAAGAAUAAAGAAGAAAAUAAAUAAAAUAAAGUCAAUUAGUCCGGAUUGAGGAAGUUGUGGGUGAGUAAUGGGUUAACGGCGGAAGGCCUCGCUUCACCUUUAUUGCGCGUCACCCAGCUCUGUAAAGUGGUCUCACCAUCCCAGCAUCCGAACCGAAGGGGGAAAAUCACCGCCCCUUGCUGCCGCCAGACGCGCCUCUUCCUCUCGGUCGAGCUCACGUCUACCCGUCGGUCUCCGCCCCGCCGCUCCAUCACCGUCAUAUACACCCAGAAGACAACGGGAACUGAGGGAAUAACGACAAUUUACCGGCGAAACGGGGAAUCAUGAAGGACCGCAUGCAAGAACUUAAACAUGGGAAGGAGACGACUGAGGAGGAAGAUGAAGUCGCUGUUGGGAUGGAGAAAGGCUUUAUGGACGAAUUCUUUGAACAGGUGGAAGAGAUCCGGGGUUUUAUCGAAUCGCUGGCAGAGAAAGUUGAAGAGGUGAAGAGGAAGCACAGCGCCAUCCUUGCCUCACCCAACCCAGAUGAGAAAACUAAAGCUGAACUUGAGGAUCUUAUGGCAGACAUCAAGAAGUUGGCCAACAAAGUACGCUCCAAGUUAAAGAGUAUCCAACAAACCAUUGAGCAAGAGGAGGGGCAGAACAGGUCAUCGGCCGACCUGAGGAUACGUAAAACACAGCACUCCACACUGUCCCGUAAAUUUGUCGAGGUGAUGUCAGAAUACAACACCACUCAGUCGGACUACAGGGAGCGCUGCAAGGGACGCAUUCAGAGACAGCUGGAGAUUACUGGAAGAAACACAACAAACGAGGAGCUGGAGAGCAUGUUGGAAAGUGACAAUCCAGCCAUCUUCACCUCGGGGAUAAUUAUGGACAACAUCACCCAGCAAGCAAUGAAUGAGAUCGAGACGCGGCACAAUGAGAUUAUCAAGCUGGAAAACAGUAUCAGGGAGCUUCACGACAUGUUCAUGGACAUGGACAUGCUGGUGGAAAGCCAGGGGGAAAUGAUAGACCGCAUUGAGUACAAUGUGGAGCACUCGGUAGACUAUGUGGAGAGGGCGGUAUCAGACACUAAGAAGGCUGUUAAAUACCAGAGUAAAGCCCGGAGGAAGGUGAUCCUGAUAGGAGUUUGUGUUGCGAUUUGUAUCACCAUCCUCAUUAUUUCGCUCGCAGUGGGACUCAGUUAG